AAAUAUUAUCGUUACGUGGUUCAGUGAUCAUUGAUUAUAAUUUUUGCUGCUCCUUCAUCAUUGCAAUAUAAUGAUCAAAACGUAACUAAUUUUGAUGGUGGAUGGUUUGCUCAUCAUAUUUUGCACCUUGCUGAGAUUUCAUUGACAUAAUUGCCAAGUAAUUUUGUUACCGAUUUCACUUUAUAAUUAUGAUGUUCGUGUGGACCUAAUAAUAUAUAGUUUGAAGCAUUUAAUAUAUUUCAUAGUUGAAUUCAGUGAAUACUAUUUGACAGAUUUCAAUACAAUGGCUGCAACGAGGAGACUACAAAAGGAACUAAAUGACAUUAGGCAAUCUGGUCUAAAGUCCUUCCGGGACAUUCAAGUGGAUGAAUCUAACAUUCUGACUUGGCAAGGUUUGAUUGUUCCAGAUAAUCCACCUUACAACAAAGGUGCAUUCCGCAUUGAGAUUAACUUCCCUGCAGAAUACCCAUUCAAACCCCCCAAGAUUAGCUUCAAAACAAAGAUAUACCAUCCUAACAUAGAUGAGAAAGGCCAGGUAUGCCUGCCCAUCAUCAGUGCUGAGAAUUGGAAGCCUGCCACCAAGACUGAUCAAGUUAUUCAAGCACUAGUGGCACUUGUGAAUGAUCCGGAGCCAGAACAUCCACUGCGUGCAGAACUCGCCGAGGAGUUUCUCAAGGACCGCAAAAAAUUCACAAAAAAUGCUGAGGAGUUUACCAAAAAACACAGUGAAAAACGGCCCACUGAUUAAAAUAGAUAAAUAUAUAAAUCCAUUUCUCUAUAGCUUGGGUCUGCAGCAAUGAUUGGCGCACACUCAUAUAAAUAGAGUACAUAGUAAAGAAUCUUUGAAAGUUGAUAAUAUAAUAAUGUGCAUAUUUAAGUUCCUUACAUAAUAUGUUGUGUAGUGUAGCUACUGUAAGUGUUGUGUGAAGUACUGAUUGGAUAACUUGCAUUACUAUGGGCUCUGUCUAUUGUGAUUACUUGCUUGAUAAUGUUGGUGGCUAUUUAUUCUAUAUUUUAAAUAUUGCAUUUAUAUCAACCAUUUAACUGUGAGUAUCAAGCUCUAACUGAAUACCAUUGCUAUAGGUUCAAGCUAUUUUUUCACAUACUUUUACACUGGUACUAGCAGUUGCUUUUAAUUCCUCACUGUUUUGCUUGCAUUAAAUACUGGCACAUUAAAAAAAAAAUUAGGAAAAAUGUCAAAAUAAUUGAUUAGAUUUAUUGGAUUAUGUAUUAAGUUUGCUAAUAUUGUGUAUUAGGUUUUUUUUUUAAAUUUCAAUCUUCCUUUUAUUUAUACUGGCAAUGUUACAGAAUAUAUAUAUAUGCAUAUGUGGAACUAUAUACCAAUUGUACUGUUGAAUAUGCACCUGAACUUUCUUUGCUGGUAUCUUUGACCGCUAGAUGCUACAUGUCGUGUUAUACAAUGCUGGUAAUAUUGAUCCGAUGUAAACAGAGUUGAUGAACAAAUGUAAUAACAUGCAUAGUGCUGAUGAUUUCAUUCAUAACCCCCCUGCUAAAUGGAGUUUUCCAAAACUAUAUCCAAAUGUAUCAAUGUUUAUGAAUUAAUUGCUGUAAACAACAAAUACUUUAGCUACCUAUUGCAAAGAGAUUUGACAGCUUAACACUGAUAUGUAUAACCGUUGUUGAAUUUACAGCAUCUCACUGAUGCACUAUGUAGACCAAUAUUCUACAAUCAUUUAAUUACAGUCCAAUUCAAUGUGUUACUUGGUAAACAUGCUGAAAUGUUCAACAUGGAAACAUUGGAAAUAUAUAUAUUUUUUUCAAACUUA